UGAAUGGAGGCCAGUGGAGGGAUAGGCAGAGAGGGGUGGAGGACACUGAGUGGAAGCCAGUGGAGGGAUUGGCAGAGAGGGGUGGAGGACACUGAAUGGAGGCCAGUGGAGGGAUUGGCAGAGAGGGGGUGGAGGACACUGAGUGGAAGCCAGUGGAGGGAUUGGCAGAGAGGGGUGGAGGACACUGAGUGGAGGCCAGGGAUUGGAGGGAGGGGUUGGCGGAGAGUGGAGGGGUAUUGGCAGUGAGGAGUAGACACUGAACAGUUGGAGCUUUGUGGUGUCAUUGGUUAAAAAGGGGCGUAUACUGGAGAUGUUGCGGAGGUUGAGCGGUAUG